UGCAACCUCGUAGUUGUCAAAGUUUAAACACUUUACCUACCUCAAUAACCCUUCAAUGGCUCAAUAUUCUCAAAAGCCAAUUAAAUAAUAUAUUAUUUAAUUAAUCUACUUUUGAUUUUUCAUACCUAUUUACCUUGCCGAAUAUAUUCAUAUGUUUCACAACAAUUAAAUUCUUAGAAAUUGUAACAAUGAUGAAAAUCAAAGCUUUUAAUUUGUGUUUCCUUUGUGCAUUGUUUCUUUUAUCUGUUGUGGCAACAGAGACAUCCAAAGAUGGUUAUGCAAAAGAGUCAAAGAAAAAUGUUUUGGUAGAUAAGCUUGAUGGUGGGCGAAAACCCAUAGAUAUAGAAUCUUUUUAUCAAAAUAAGCCCGUUGGUGCGGGAAAUAAAACAAGGGAAGAAAGGAUGAUGGAAAAGGAAGCAAAGCAGAAAGAAAAAGAAGCAAAGCAGAAGGAAAAUGAAGAAAAGCAAAAGGAAAAGGAAGCAAAGAUAAGGGCAGGUGCAAGGGCAAGGGCAAAAGCUUAUGCAAAGGCAAAGGCAAAGGGAAAGGCCAAGGUAAAGGGAAUGUUCAGAAAAAAUCCAACGAAGAAAGGACGAAGAAUCAGAGAAAAGCCCAACGAGGAGAAAUAAAACAAAGGAAAAAAGGGAAAGGGAGAAGGCCAAGGCAUUAUUAGUUGUAAAAAUAAAAUAUAAAAUAAAGCAUACACUAUAAAUAUGCAAAAUAAUAAUAAUAAGAUUGACGUUGUAUACCUUUCAAAAAAAAUAGUGAUGUUUUACAUACCAUGUAUAAUUGUUUAGGUAAAUUUAUGUACGUGAUAUUUUUUUUAUAACAGAUUCGCCUCUUUAAUCUUA